GAGUUAUCUCCAACUACACAUGCGCAGCGGAACACGAUAACAUAUCCUUUCUUCCGGUUUCUAUAUUUGUGAGAGCCAUGGCUCCCAAAAGAAAUAACAUAAUUCCCAAUGGCCAUUUCCACAAGGAUUGGCAGCGCAUGGUCAAAACAUGGUUCAAUCAGCCCAUGAGAAAGAAGCGCAGGAGGGUGGCUCGUGUUGCCAAGGCUGCUGCUGUUGCCCCCAGACCAGUCGCUGGUCUUCUCAGGCCCGUCGUUCGCUGCCCGACUUUCAAGUACAACACCAAGGUCAGGCUUGGACGCGGAUUCACUCUGGAUGAGUUGAAGGCUGCCGGAAUCAACAAGAAGACUGCCCGCACCAUUGGUAUCUCUGUCGACUUCCGCAGACGCAACCUGUCUAUGGAGUCUCUGCAGCAGAACGUGCAGCGUCUGAAGGAGUACAAGAGCAAGUUGAUUGUCUUCCCACGCAAGGAAGGCAAACCCAAGAAGGGAGAUGCU